AUGACGGAUCGGGCUCGCGAAAUCUCAGCAUUUAUCACCCCGUUUGAACUAUUCGAAUGGAGUCGUAUGCCUUUUGGCCUGAAAAUGCCCCGCAGAUUUAUCAACGCGUCGCGACGCCGGAACUACAACGGCCGUGUUCCAGACAGGGAUCGCGGGUCAGUGUUGGGACGAAGAUCAUAUAUUGACGACAUCAUGAGCGCUGCAGAAUCGUAG